AUGUCUCUUCUCUGGAUCCUGAGCAGCAUCGUUCGCUGGGUGCGCUUGAAGAUCUACCAGUACGAGGUCACGUUCGCCAUCUACAUGCUUACCUCGACUGAAAAGUUCAUCUUCAACACUUUGCUCCUCACCCUCAUCACUGGAAUCGCUAUUGGCAUCUACGUUUACCUGCCUAACCACCUUCGCACAAUCUACGGUCACUUGUGGUACUACUACGCCGGAGAGCGCCCAUUCAUGUCCUCACGACUCACAUCCAUGAGCUCCGUUUUUGGCGAGGCAACCCCAUCAAUCGAUGUCAUGUACGAGACAGUCAAAAAUGCCGCCGCGACUGCCACAGAGCAAUUGGGUGAAUUAUAA